CCAUUUCCACCGCGGAGAGAAAAUGGAGGACUUGAAUGGAGACCGUCCUAAAUUCUAAAACAACAACGAGGACAGUCAACUCAGUUACCGCAGCACCUGGCCUGUGAUGUACGCUUGGCUGGACCAGCUGUAAGAGAGGACCGAUCACCUUUCUCUUCACUGAGAGGCAGAUAUUGUGAUUGAAACUGUAGUGGCUUAUCAGCUAUGGAGGACAGUAUCAGCCCAGAGCGGUCUCCCGCUACCGGGUCAGAGCAGAACCAGGAUCCUCUGGAUAUCAGCUCCCAAGCUACAGCAGCAGAGGAAAAAGAGGAGCCAAGUAAUGAGGACACGGAGAGGCAGGAGGAGAAGUCAGUGAAGGUUGCCAGCGAGUUCAAGAAGACCUGGGGCUUCCGUAGGACCACGAUAGCAAAGCGAGAGAUGCCGGGAGACGGCGACAGCCAGGAGAGCAGGAACGCGCCGGUGCGGCGCAGCGGCCGGCAGGCGAAACGCACCGACAAGCUGGAGGAGUUCCUGUCCACAGCCAAAAGAGGGCGCGGCGGGAGGAGGAGCGCCCCCGCCCACCUGGAGCCCUCCGACCCCCCUUCCCAGACACCCACCGACGCCGAGACUGCCUCCGAGGCCAGCUUCGACGGAAACGCGGAGGUCAAGGCCGGCGAUGGCAAGAAGGCCCCGGAGAGGGUGAAGGGCGGGGCCAAGAGGAGGGCGCAAAAGCCCAAGAGUGGCUCUGUCAGCGAUGAGGGGAGCUCGGAAAACGAGGAGGAGGAAAACGGUGAGAAGCCCACCCCGAAGGAGGAGGAACAGAAGAGCGAGGAGGACGGAAAAGAGGAGGUCCCUGAGGCAGAGCAGGGAGCCGUGAAGGAAGAGGAAGAGGAGAAGAAAGAGGAGGAGGAGGAGGAGCAAAAACCUGCAGCCGAGCCCAAGCCAGCAUCCAGUAGCCCUGCUAGGGCUGGCGGUAAGGACUCCACCCCCGCCAAGAAGAAACCAAAACCGAAAUCAGCGGGGAAGAGCUGCGUGGACAGCAAGGGUGAUGACGAGGAAGAUGACGACGACGAUGAUGAUGAGUCGUCUGGUAAAUCAGACAAUGAGGGCUAUGACCCCAAUGCGCUAUAUUGCAUCUGUCGGCAGAAGCACAACAAGAGGUUCAUGAUUUGCUGUGACCGCUGUGAAGAGUGGUUCCAUGGCGACUGUGUGGGGAUCACUGAGGCGCGGGGCCGUCUGCUCGAGAGGAAUGGGGAGGACUACAUCUGCCCCAACUGCACUAUGCAGAAGAGCCGCUCCGCUUCUCCUGCCAGUGCAUCGGAAAACGAGAAACGCCCGGUCCGUAAGGCCGAACAGAGCUCCCCCGCUGAACAGACAGCACCCCCUGCUGGAGGGGAGGACAAACCCGGCGAGGACCUGGGAAUCAAGGGGAGAAUUGAGAAGGCCACCAACCCCAGCGGAAAAAAGAAAAUCAAGAUAUUUCAGCCGGCCGUGGAAGCGACCGCGACUGUGACCGCGCUGCCCAAAUGUAUUGGCCCCGGCUGUGGUAGAAACGCGUUGCCGGAAUCUGUCUACUGCGGUAACGACUGCAUCCUGCGUCACGCUGCUGCCGCCAUGAAGUCUAUCACCGAUGUAAAGGAGACCAAACCCAAGGAGAAAAGCAAGCCGAAGGCGCAGAAGAAACCCGCCACACGAUCCACUGCCAAGAAGAGGGCCGUCCCUGAGAGGAAGGCGGGGAGGAGGUCCACAGAGUCAUCUGGCCAGGCGGAGGAGGAAGACUCGGACAGCGAAGAGGAGGAGCAAGUGGAGCAGGAGCCACCCAUUGCGUCUUGGUCCAGCGACCAUAAUUACAAUGCAGUAACGCCAGAAAAGACUGCUCCCAUUGCAUCAUCUGUGUUUAACAAAUCGUCUGGAAAGGACAGUGAAGAGGAUGAGGAUGAGAAGGAGCCGGCAUCUGUCCGCAAGCAGUCCCCAGUCUCCUCCCCACCCCCCAAGUCCAGCAAGAAGUCCCCAUUAGUCACCAAGAUGCUCACAAAGGGGAAAAAGCACACCCUCCCACCAGCCAAUCGCGGGAGAGCUUCCAAGAAACCUCUGCCUCCCAGCAAGGCCAAAAAAUCCAGCUCUGCCCUCCCACACCCUCCCACUGCUGCCCCCUUGCCAGCAGGGCCCCCCGCAGCCCGACAUCACAUCACAGGGGCCCUGAGGGUCAGUAAGACCACCUUCACCAUUCCUAAAAAGCAGUCCCAGCCCCAACCCCAACCCCCUGCCUCGGGGCUGUCUACCACUUCCAAGCCCCCACCAGUGUCCAGCAUGCCUCCCACCUCGUCCUCAUCCGCCCCUCCAAGACCCCCUCAGCCUGCGCCCGUUGUUGCCCCUCAGCCUCAGCCAAACAACCAGAUCAGACAGAACAUCCGUCGCUCACUCACGGACAUCCUGUACAAGAGGGUGAGCGACAGCGAUGACCUGGCAAUAUCCGAGAGUGAGGUGGGAAAACUGGCAGUCAACAUCGAGAAAGAGAUGUUCAACUUAUUCCUCAACACGGACAACAAGUACAAGAACAAGUACAGGUCCAUUAUGUUCAACCUGAAGGACCCAAAAAACAAGGGGCUGUUCUAUCGAGUUGUCGGAGGUGAGGUGACUCCCUUCAAGCUGGUGAGGUUGAGCCCAGAGGAGCUGCUCUCCAAGGAGAUCUCAGAGUGGCGGCAGAGGGAGACCCCUGAGGUGAUGGAGCCCAGCGCCAGAGCCCCACCUGGCCAGCUGAAGCCUGGUCAGAAGCAGGAAAGCGUGCCUGACGUGGACAUGGAGGAGUCUCCUCCACUAUCAGACGGAGACGUAUGUAUCCUUGCCACCUCUCCGUCGCCUGGCAUGGCCUCUGCUGCAGAUCAGGAAGAGUCCCGACCAUCUCCUGCCCCUGCCCCCACCCCUGCGACCACUCCUGCAAUGAAGGCCAGUCAGAUCAGUGUGACGAGCCCAGUCCCUGACAUCUUCAGCAGUAUGCUCAAGGACACCACUGCCGAGCACAGAGCUCACCUGUUUGACCUCAACUGCAAGAUCUGCACGGGCCAGAAGUCUGCUGAUGAUGAACCUGUGCCAAAGAAGCCGAAACUAUCUGCAUCUGCUGCCACCAAGAAAGCAGAACCCAAGGUUAAGCAGGACCCACGGCCGGCCAAGGCAGGCGCUUCCUCAACUGAGGGGACUCCAGCCGCCCCACCUGGGGGCGAGACGCCCGUCAGCGAAUCUCCUGCAUCCCCAGAGGACACCAGCAUGGUGGCCACCUCGUCCCAAUCCUGCGCCCCUGUCACAAUCCCUGCAGUUUCCUCUGUCUCCAUCACGCGCCGGGACCCGCGGACUGCUGGCUACCGCCCCCCUGUGACGGUCACCCCAGCCCCACCAGCCACCUCCAGCACCUCUGAGCCAUCUGUGACGGAGACCAAGGUUGCCCUACCCCCACCCCCGCCCCCUCCUCCCUCUGCUCCCAAGUCCAUCCUGCUGAAACCUGCCUCCUCGCCUGACACACGAUUCUUCAGCACAUCUGGAACCAGCGUGGCGGAAUCACGCUCCCCUCAAGACAGUGAGACAGCCAUGUUCCUCUCUGGCCAGGAGAUGAUGUGGAAGGGCUUCAUCAACAUGCACACCGUGGCCAAGUUUGUCACAAAGGCCUACCUGGUGUCUGGGUCCUUUGAACACCUGAAGGAGGAUCUGCCGGAUACCAUUCACAUUGGCGGCCGAAUCUCCCCGCACACGGUGUGGGACUACGUGGGGAAGCUCAAGACGUCUCUGUCAAAGGAGCUGUGCCUGAUCCGCUUCCACCCGGCGACGGAGGAGGAGGAGGUGGCCUACAUCUCUCUCUUCUCUUAUUUCAGCAGCCGGCGACGCUUUGGCGUGGUCGCCAACAACAACAGGCGCAUUAAAGACCUCUAUCUCAUCCCGCUGAGCGCCAAGGAUCCGCUGCCCUCCAAACUGUUACCCUUCGAUGGGCCAGGUCUGGAGCCAGCACGGCCAAAUCUUCUCCUCGGAUUGGUGAUUUGCCAGAAAGAGAAAAAGCGCUCCGCAGCCCCCCAGGAGGGUGACGAGAAACGAGCUAAGCUGCAGGCGCGAGAAGCCGACGACACAGGCCUUCCCAAACCUCUUUCCCUUCCCAGGCCUGAUGUCAAGCAGGAGAAGGCCCACCUGUACAAUCCAGAGGCUGCCAUGAGCACUACCCCACCAGGCUCCCCACCCCCUCUGGGCUCCUCUGAACCCUCCACAGGUUCCCUCGUGACCCCCUCUGUGCUGUCUCUUGUGUCCUCCAUGAAGACUCCUGCUGCCGGUAGCGCAGGCAAGGACUCUCCAUCCUCUUCCACCUCGGUCCCCACCUCCUCUGCCACUCCCCUUCAGACCAUCCUGAAGACACUCUUUGGCAAGAAAAAGCAGGACUCUGAUGCGUCGCUCUCCCCAUCGGAGCACGGCUCAUCUGAGACCACAGCACCCCCAGUACAGUUGCUUGACCCUAUUGUCCAGCAGUUUGGUCAGAUUUCCAAGGAGAAGGCGAUGGAAGAGGAUGAAGAUGACAGACCAUACGACCCUGAAGAAGAAUACGAUCCAGCUAUGGGCUAUGGAGAGGAGGCACCCAUUAGCACGAGAAAAGCAUUUGAGGCUGGUAAACCAUCUGAGGCUGCUGACGCCACCACGAAUGCGGACGUUGAUGACGUAGCCUACGACCCGGAAGAUGAAACCAUCUUUGAGGAAGUGAAAGUUGGCGUUGGUGGCAGUGAAGCAAAAGCCAAAGCAUCAUCUGAGAACGAGGGUGGAGCUUCCACACUGACUGAACAGCAGAGGAUGCUUGAUGAGCUGAACAAGCAAAUAGAAGAGCAGAAACGUCAGUUGGAAGAGCAGGAGGAGUCCAUUCGUCAACAGAGAGCAGCUGUAGGGGUUUCAAUAGCAGAUGCAUUAUUAGUCCCUCCUACAAAAUCAUUAUUGGCUAACAGCCAAUUGCUACAGUUGGGCAAAAAGGUUGAAGAACUGGUGGGUAAGACCCCAGCUGCUCCAGUGAUUAACCAGAGAAGAGAUCCAAGGCAGAGCAGGGACCCGCGGCAGGCAGCAGCUAAUCGACGGCUCACAACUGACUCUGUGGAAAAAGAAGACACCACUGCAGGAGCCAGUGGUGAGGACACAGCAGCACCACCACAGCCAGACGUCAUACAACCAGCCCCUGUCCAGCCAGCAACAGAGACACAGACUGAGACAGUCCCCUUCCUGGAUACAGAGAGCACAGAAGUGUCUAUUCCUCUGUUAGGGGAGACAAUAGAACCUGAAAUGGAAGAAGACACUUUUACUGAGCCAGCAGAGAAAGCUAACAAAGAUUCUACCAAGGCUGAGAUCGAAAGCAACCCUUACACGGCCUGGCCGAAUUCCGCCAGCAUUCUAAAAGCCAAGGAGCUUUCUGAUCGGGAGCAGCCGCUGGAACCACCUGUGGCCGACCCAGCCCCGGCCCAAACUCCAUAUUAUGGCGCACACGGGAACAGCAAUGCUUCGCUUCCUUCAACUCUUCCUAGAAUUCCCCAGGACACAACACAGGGCAACACCUACCCGCCGGAUUCUCAGCCUCCUCUUGUGCCGCACAUGGGAAUGUCGAACCCAGAUUAUGCCACCCCUCAGGACAUACCACCUCCUUUCCAGCCCCCGCUUGGGCCUCCACCCAUGCAGGGAAUGCCCCCUAUCCAGACUCCUCCUGCUCUGCAAGGUGAGAGUGACCAGUCCCAAUACAGAGAUCCGUCCCACUUUGGGCCACCUGCUCCUUACCCACCCUAUCAGAAUCAAUGGGGAGCACCUCAGCAACAGUUUGAUGCCCCUCGAGGGCCCCCGCCUCAACCCAUGAUGGGACCAAGGGCUCCCCCUCCGUUCCAGCCUAUGGGUCAAAGGGGCCCUCCGCCUCAGAUGUUUGAUGGUCCCAUGGCUUCCAUGCCCCCCCAGCACAUGGGCCAGAGAGGCCCACCUCCUGGACAGUUCAUGGAGGGUCAUGGCCCCCCACCCCCGACUUUUGAUGGACAGAAUGGUUCACUCCAGCCAAGGUUCAAUGGACCCCCACCUCCGUUUAAUUUUUCUGGGCCUCGAGGUCCCCCUCCACCUUUUGCUGGACCACCCCCUGGUCAUUUUGAUAACAGAGCACCUCCACCAUCACACUUUCCUGGACCAAGAGUGCCCCCACCUCCCCAUCAGUUUGGAGACCAUGGGCCUCAGAAGCCCUUAUUGGACACACCUAGAGGGCCUGAUGACCAGCAGUAUGACAGCAGUAGCGGGUCCUAUCAGCCGGGGAUGGAGCAACACCAAGGGCAGACGCCACCACACAUGUACAGAGAAAACCAGCCACCAUCGCAGGCUCCUCCCUACAGGGCUCCACCCCACAAUCAGUUUGAUGGACGGAGAGGUGGUGGCGAAAUGGGGCCGCAACGUUUCACCCCUCCCAAUCAGUUUGGAGGACCAAGGGGGCCACCCCCGCACCCUCACAAUCAGAGGGUGCCUUCACCUCCACAUCGAGGGUCCUUUGAAGAUCAGCGAGGCCCUCACCCUCCAGACUUCCCAAGACAGAGAGGGCCUCCUCCAUCGCACUUUGGGGGCCCACGGGCCCACCUGCCCCCCACUCACUUCUCAGAGAGUGGGGGAGGGCAGCCACGGUUCCAUUUUGAUAGUCAUCCACCGGAGGGAAGACCACUGCGGCACUCUGGUCCUCUGCUCCCCACACCCCCCGAGGGUCCCAUUCCAAUCCCAAGCCGCAUGGGACAUAGCCCCGACUCCCACCGUGAAGACCACUGGAGGCAUGGCCCUGACAUGAGGAGGAGAGGCAGUGCCAGGGACGAUUCUGAUCCGCGCAACAGUGGGGACAGGCCUGGCAGGUUUGAGGCAGGACACCGAGACAGGGAGGGCGGUCAGGGUCCGUCACGUCUGUCUGAGGAAAGGCAGAGAGAAGUGUCCGAGGACAGGAGGAGGGAGAGGGACAGCAGCAGGCCGUGGGACAAGAAUGCCGGCAAACGCUGGAGCAGAGAGCGAGACCGGGAGAGAGACCGUGAGAGGGACCGUAGCAGGGGGAGGGAAGUGGACCGGCACAGAGAAGGAGACGGGGACAAGAGGAGGGACAGGGACCGAGAGAGAGACCGUGAAAGGGACCGUGGCAGGGAUCGAGACUCGGACCGUAGAGACCACGACCGUGACCGUGCUAGGAACAGAGACAGAGACCGGGACCGUGAUAGGGACCGGGAUCGCGACAGAGACCGAGACAACAGGGACAGAAGACGUGAUCGGUCAAGAAGCAGGGAUAGAGACCGUGGAAAAGACCGGGACCGUGGGAGAGAGAGGGACCGGGACAGAGAGAGGGACAGAGACCGGGACAGAGAGAGGGACCGGGACCGAAGGGAGAGGAGUAAGAGCAAAGAAAAGGGGAAAGAAAACAAAUCAGAACCCCCAAAGGAGAGUGAGAAAUCUUCAGAGACUGAGACAGCAGCCAACAAGAACACAGCAUCCUAAUUUUCUGACAUAA